GAUCCUUGUAAAAACACUCUAAUCUAAAGGUUGUUUCUUGACAUGGGUUUUGUUUCUUACUUCAGUCGAUCGUUUGUUGAAUUGUUUAUGAGGGUUUUUAAACUCAAUUUUUUUCCUCGAUUUGGCCUAUUUGAUGGAGGGAAGGGGUCAUUAUAGACAGUACAGGAGUAAUGGAGGACGGUCUACUGCUGCUACGACUUCACGGUCCUCUCCUCAUUCGACUACACGAUCUUCUCCUACUACAACUUCACAGUUGCCACGGACCCCAUCCUUGUCACCAAACUCCACUCCAGUUCAAGAGACAUAUCAGUCUUCUACUCAGGCUCCUUCCCCACCUGAAGCUCAAGCGCAUUACGAAAUGGGACAGUUAACACUCGAGGAGCUUCUUGUAAGCCCGGGACGGGCUGGACUUACAAAAUUAGACCCUAAGCGUCCCCCAGGAACACAAUGGUUUGAGAUCGAUAAUGAAGUUGGGAAGGUGGUCUCCAAUUGUAUAAAAGGAUUCUUCACUGAACCACACGCCAACAUCUCACAGACACCUAAGAAGAUUGUUGACACUUGGUUUCAUAUGUUUGCGCAACAAUACAACUGGGACAACUCAAUUAACGUUUUGGUGAAGAGGCAAUUUACAAUUAAGGCAGGCAUCCGCUUGUGUGAUAUAGUUAGCAAGUGGAAAAGUAAGUGGAAGACGUCAGGUGAUAAAGUAAUGCCUAUGUGGAUGGAUCCAGAGGUAUGGAAGGGCCUCAAAGUUUUUUGGAUUGAUCCACAUUCAGAAGAUAAAAGUGGUAAGUGUUCUAAAGCUCGCAACACAAGCGUGGGCGGUCACGGCCCGAGUAGACACACCUCAGGGCAGAAGACUUAUGCACGUCGUGCAUUAGAAAGCGCUGAGAAGAAUGGAGGUGUACUCCCUCCAAUUGUCGAGAUAAUGGAGCAGACUCACAAGAGAAAGAAUGGAGUUUUCGUUGACGGUUUUGCUGAGCAAAUCUGCAAAGAAGUUUCAGCCAAGAUUGCAGAGCGGGAGUCUCAGCUCUCUCCAGGACACUCUGACCAGCCUGGUGGCCUAUCCAUAGCUGAGAAGAACAAUAUCUUGUUGGAGGCUGCUCCAAAGAAUAAAAAGGGACGGAUUUAUGGUGUUGGUUCUAUUCAAGUUAUCCCAUCUGCUUCAUCAUUUGAUCCUCCACCUACUUCAGAUGAUUAUGUCGAUCGGCAAACCUAUGAAGCGGAGAGAAAACGAAACAACGACCUUCUUACACGGAUCCAUGGCUACGAUUAUCUCUUUGACAUUGUAGCGCAAGAUUUUCCAGCUCUAGCAACAGCACUUAGGGCUCAGAGACCUCCAACGCAGGGAGCAGAAGCCCAAACAGAGGAACCACAACACCAAACAGAGGAAGCUGCAACAGCUCAGGGUACUCCUCAAGCAUGAUCCCAUUAUUUUGGGUUUUUUGUUGUAUUAUAAACCUAAAUCUAUCGG